AUCAAAGUUGCCAUUUACUAAAAAUUGAAUAAAUUGAGACAAACGGAGGGAAAGAAUCAAGAAAUAUAAGUAAUACGCGAGGAGAAUAUUCAAGAAAGUCAUUUCAUCUCAAACGAAAAUACUGUAUUAGAAAAGAAUAGCCAAGAAAAAAAAAAGUUAGAAAAACAGGAUCCAAACAAAUUCAUCAUACGUCAGAUGGAUAAAGAUCUUAAAAAUAAAAUAAAUAAACUGCGAAAAAUAACGGAUGAAACUGAGCACAAACUCGAACUGGCAAAUGGGCUGUCAAAAUAUGCGGAUAAAAAUCAAAAAAUUCUCAAUUUGAAUCAAGAACUUCAUCACACAAUCCUCGAUGGAGAGAAUCGUCUUGGACACAUCAAUGAAGAUAGAUUUGAAGAUCAAAAAAAUCAAUUAGAGAAGCAAGAUGACACUUGUUUUGUUUCAACCUUCAACACUGCUCAGUUGAUGAGAGUCUGGCAAUUGAAGAUAGGUCCGAACAAUUCAAACGACAAUGCAAAACAUUGAGAGAUGCUCACAAAGUGUUAUCUAUUGUAUACAGUGCAACAGAACCAAUUGUUAUAGAAAAUCAUAGGCGAAUGAGGAUAGGAGAAGCGCUCUUAGAUACUGAAAUGGACGAUUUAUUGAGCGCUUUGAGAGUUUUCUACCAACAUGCUACUGAAUUCAAUGCAGAUGGAUCAACGGAUGUUCAAGUUUUUACACAACUAAUUGGAGAAGUUAUCGGAACCGUUGAGGAAUUAAGAACAGAAAUGAGUGAACUGAUAUCAACGCUUGAAAUGUUUGAAGAAGAAGGUUGUACUGCCACUGAACAAGGGAUCGGAUCAGAGUUUAUUUAUGUUGAUGAUAGGAUGAAACAGUUAAGUGAGCUUAUUCAAAAGUUUGAUGUGGCUGAGCGUGAUUAUAUACAAGAGACACUUUCUCGUCAAAUGGAUCUUACAAUAGUGUCAAAAAAUUCUCAUCGAGCUAUUGAAAAACCUCCAGGAUACGACAAUUUAUGA